UCCUAUACCCAGAGUCUUUGAAAGUCUCCUGUCAAAUUGGAAUUUAUAUUCAAAGGUAUGAGCUUAUAGCAAUCUUAUCCUAAAGAAGAGAAAGUAAAAGUUACAAUUUACUGUUAAAUGAUUCGCAAUGUCGAACUAGUUUGGAGUAUCUGCUUCUUUUCGCGUUAAAAAGUUCUUUCCAAGUCAAUUUGAUAUCCAACUGCAUAUCUUAAAUCCUUUCUUUAUUAAAUAAUCUGGCUUUAAUAAGAACAAAACCGAGUAUGCCAGAUAGAACAUCCGUUUCAUCCACUUCUAGUACAUCCUCUAAUUGGACUCCAGGUGCAAGGAAAAGCAGUCUGGAAAGUCCAACAAAUAUAUUCCCUUUUUUCAAUCAAGAUUUAGAAGACACAAAGAGAAAGGAAACAGAAAAUACCGGUACUGACACCAAUACUUUAAUCACAAACAGACCGGAAACUCCUGAACAACAAAAAAAUCAACAGUUUCCAUUUAAUGGACAAUGGCCUUUUAGUCGAAGAUCUAGUCAAAGCAGCUCUAUGCUUACUAUGGAAGACAAGCAUUGGGUAAAACCUUCCAAGAGGUCAGGAAAAACGAAACCCUCAUCGUCAGUAAGUCAAUUUUCCAAUAAUGUGGACCAGCUGGGUGAAAAAAAUAGCAAAAACCAGACAUCUUUAUUGAAUAUUUCCCCCCAUAAGAAUCGAAAAGCCAAAGAAGGAUUGGACAUUUCGGCUUUGCAGAAAUCAAUUUAUGGGCCUCGUAGUUUUCUAAGGAGUCGAAAAGAUUCGUUUGGAAUAUUUGGGUCAUCCAUUCCUCAGUCGCUGGUUAAUAACCAGAUGAUAAAUGGCUUUGGAGCAGCGUCCUUUGCCUUUGCUAAAUUAAGCAAAGUACGGUCCCCCUUAGAUUCUAAAUUUAAUGCUAAUUCGAUGUCUGCGGAUGAUACUUGGUCUGUCCUGGAAUCAGAAGUUUUUACACUGUACAAUUUGGAAAAAUUGCAUUAUACUGUUGAAGAUUUGAACGGAAUUUUAGUCCUGCAUCUUCAGUCUUGUGUUCGGGAAAGAACGAUGGAUCUUUUUACCAGUCAUUUAGAUUCUUUGUUUCCGAAAGCUACCAGUAAGUUGUCGGAAUCGCUGUCUCCUAUCCCAGAAGAAGUUUUUCUAUCAAAAUUACUUGAAAUCUGGCUAUUUUUCCUCUCUUCUAUUCUACCAUAUAUAGAGGGCAUAUUUUUGCCUAUCAAAACAAAACUUUUUGACAUCCAGGAAAAAGCAUUAUUGCCUUACGAGAUUAAUGAGUUUUGUAGUACAAAUCGAGAAAAACUAAACGUUCAAAGACUUAUGCUGACUGCAUUUCGUGAUUACAUGAUUCUACCUGCCACUGAUCGCAUCCAAAGAAUCAUUAACAAACAGAGCGAGACUUCGGCACGCUCAGAUCAACUCACGAGUGCUUAUGCUCGGUUGUUUCAAGUAUUGAGUAUGCUAGCAAGUAUACAUUCAAAUGACCAGUACGAAAAAGAAUUGGUAAACCUUGCGUCCAAAGUUCGUUCUCUGCUGACUGUAAGUUAAUAUGACUGAUCCAUCUUUUGCAGUUUAGGAUGGUUUAUUUCUUAUCAAUCCCUUUUUUUUUUUUUGGAGAGUUCACCUACACUCUACAUAAUUACCAAAUCAGUGUUGCUGGAGAAUUGUUUCCACUAUGCUAAGGGCUGUCUAAUUUUCUUAAUUUAAUGAAAUGAAUACUUAUAAAAAGUCAUGAUGAAAGAAACUGUAAAAGAUAGUGUCUAAACCUUGCUUUCAAGUUUGUGGUCCGGAGCACGCAUAUUGUAAUACCAUCUGGGAUAACAAAAUUCAUACUCAAGUUCAACAGUAUUGGCAGGAUCGCAAAUGCAUCUACCAUUAGCAUGGAGUAGGUAAUCCGAAGGGCAAUGACUCCAAGGCAGAUGAUAGUAUCCGAAAUCUUCAAAAUAGUGAAUUUGUGAUUUAUUAAGGAAUAAAGAAGCAGCAAUGCUAUGAAUAGGAGCAUCGCCCCAACGCUCGUAAAAGAACCCAAAAUGCUGAUCUAAGUACUCGAAGUAAUCGGUGUAGGCAUCGCUUCUAAAGAAGUUUAAGUCAGCAAUUUCAAAAUUGCUCCAAAAAUGGCAACCGUUAUAUUCACCAUCUAAACCUUUUUCAUCAUCUACGAUAAAGUCUAAAGAAUUAUCUG